CUUCCGGUAGUUAUCCUCAUAUCUUAAACCCACGAGUCCGAAACCAAAACCGCAGCCAGAUUUCCAAACCUGAGCAGCCGAAGCCUAUACAAAAAAGAUGAACAGCAGCCUCCGGCUGUUCCCAUUCCCAACUUGUUCGUGCUCAAUCUCACAACCCACACACCCAAAAACCCCUUCAGUGUUCUUCAUCAGCAAUCCAACCCACCUUCUGUAUCUGAAGCGACCCAAUAGGCAGCAGCAAUUGGCAUUGUGUUCCAGUUAUGAAGUCGGCGGAGGCUAUCCAGAGGAGGAGUUGGAGCUGCGAGAUAGAAGACGACCCACAAAAGAAGCGAAUCCCAGAAUGGACACUUCCGAGUACGAAGCUCUCCUCAAAGGAGGCGACCAAGUUACCUCUGUUCUCGAACAGAUCAUUGUCCUUUUGGAAGAUAUGAACACUGAUGAAACAUCCGAAGAGAUUGCAUUGCAGUUGGCUGCACAAGGGGUCAUAGGUAAAAGGGUUGAUGAGAUGGAGUCAGGAUUUAUGAUGGCCUUAGACUACAUGAUCCAAACUGCUGAAAGGGACCAAGAUGAUAAGCGCAAGGCAAUACUGGAGGUGGUCAAGGAGACAGUUCUAUCUCAUCUCACUAAAAAAUGCCCGCCACAUGUUCAGGUGGUUGGCCUACUCUGUAGGACUCCAUUGAAAGAAAGCAGACAUGAACUACUUCGUAGAGUGGCUGCUGGAGGUGGUGCUUUUAAAAGCAAGGAUGGUACCAAGGUUCAUAUCCCAGGAGCAAACCUUAACGACAUCGCCAACCAAGCUGAUGAUUUGGUAGAGACAAUGGAAACUCGGCCAGUUGUACCUGAUCGAAAAUUACUUGCAAGGCUUGUUCUAAUUAGAGAAGAGGCCCGGAAUAUGAUGGGAGGUGGAAUUCUGGAUGAACGAAAUGAUCGUGGUCUAAGUACUCUUCCUGAAUCAGAGGUGAACUUCUUGACCAAACUGGUUGCUUUGAAACCAGGGAACGUUGUCCAGGAGAUGAUAAGAAAUGUAAUGCUAGGUAAAGACGAGGGGGCUGAUAAGUUGGAUGAUGAUGAGGGAGAUACUUCAGGUGGACAAAGGGUUUCAAGGGGAAUUGCAGGAAUGGUUCUAGGUGGAAUAUACGCUGGAAAUGAAUCAGGUGUCACCGCACAACAUUUAGAAUGGGUACAUCAGAAGACACUUCACAUUCUUGAGGAAAUAGCAUUCUAGUCUUUUUGUGCUUUCAUCCAGGAUCAGAACUCGGAGAUGAUAAUUGGCCGCGGUAGGAUGAUUGAUGGUCUCUACUACUUUUAUGAAGGUACCUUUAGUAAUAAAAUAACUCAGGGUCUUAGUAGUAUUAGUUCUCUUUCUGUUAGGGAACAAAUUAUGCUUUGGCAUCGUAGACUAGGACAUCCCAGUUUYUUCUAUUUAAAAUAUCUGUUUCCAAAGUUAUUUAAGGGAAUUGAUUGUUCAUCUUUUAAUUGUGAAAGUUGUUUUUUAGCAAAAAAUCAUCGCUCCACAUAUUWUCCAAAACCUUAUAAAGCUUCCAAACCAUUUUACUUAAUUCACAAUAAUGUUUGGGGUCCUUUUAAAAUCAGUACUCAUAGUGGAAGAAGAUGGUUUAUUACUUUCAUUGACGAUCAUACUCGCCUGUCUUGGGU